AUGACUAUGUGUGAUAAAGAGAUGGCGUCUGGAUUGCUGAACAUUUCUGCUGAGACUGUAUAUGGAGAAAAGAGCGCCUUUACACAAACAGAGCACAAUAUUGUUGCUGCUUACCUCAUCACAGCAGGUGUGAUUAGUCUGUCGAGCAACAUCGUGGUGCUGCUGAUGUUUGUGAAGUUCAGAGAGCUGAGAACCGCUACAAAUGCCAUCAUCAUUAAUCUGGCUUUCACGGACAUUGGCGUGGCUGGCAUCGGUUACCCCAUGUCUGCAGCUUCAGACCUGCACGGGAGUUGGAAGUUUGGCUAUAUGGGUUGCCAGAUUUACGCUGCGCUGAAUAUAUUCUUUGGGAUGGCCAGUAUUGGACUGCUCACAGUGGUUGCCAUUGACCGAUAUCUGACCAUAUGUCGACCUGACAUAGGACAGAAGCUGACCACCCGCUCAUACACUCUUCUGAUUGUGGCCGCAUGGCUGAAUGCGGUGUUUUGGUCUUCGAUGCCCAUCGUGGGCUGGGCAGGAUAUGCUCCAGAUCCCACAGGAGCCACAUGUACCAUCAACUGGAGAAACAACGACACAUCCUUUGUGUCGUAUACAAUGACUGUGAUCACCGUCAACUUCAUCAUUCCUCUGUCGGUCAUGUUCUACUGUUACUAUAACGUCUCUGCUACUGUGAAGAGAUUUAAAGCCAGUAACUGUCUGGACAGCAUCAACAUGGACUGGUCAGACCAGAUGGACGUCACCAAGAUGUCUGUUAUAAUGAUAGUGAUGUUCUUGGCUGCCUGGUCUCCGUAUUCGAUUGUGUGUUUGUGGGCAUCAUUUGGUGACCCCCAAAAGAUCCCAGCUCCGAUGGCCAUCAUCGCCCCCCUUUUCGCCAAAUCCUCCACCUUUUACAAUCCCUGCAUCUACGUCAUCGCCAACAAGAAGUUCAGGAGAGCCAUUACAGGAAUGAUACGAUGCCAAACAAGACAGCGAGUCACGAUCAGCAACCAGCUGCCAAUGACGGCAUCUUCAGUGCCGCUCAACCCGUGA